GGGGUGGGUGGGUGUACCUAACAUUUAUCUGAUCAGACCCCACUACCAAACAUCGAGGUACGACUUCCUCAGCCUUACGCUCUCUCUCUCUCUUUCUUUCCGUCAAACAUCAACUUCGACAUCCGAUAUCACCAACGUCUCUUACGCACAUCUAUGAUUAAUGACUAGCCCCAAUUCAUAAGGCUAGAAAUCCUUCGUCCAAGGAAAUACCAGCCUUGCCACCUUAUAUUUACAACAGCACCAUUCGCGUUCAUCAUGGAGCCUCGCGCCCGUGCUGGUAAGAAUGUGGGCAAGGAGACUUUCAAUGCGAAAGAGAUCCGCGCCCUGCUCUACGCCUUCGGCGACGUCCAGGACCCGCUGCCGGACACAGUACGCGUGCUAGACGAGAUCGUGACCGAGUUCCUAGAGGGCGUCUGCUUCGAGGCGAGUCGCCACGCGCAGGUAGCCGGGCGCCAGAAGCUCAAGUUCGACGACUUCGAGUUCGCCCUGCGCCGCAACCCCCAGUACCUCGGGCGCGUCAAGAGUAUGAUCGAGAAGCGCCAGAAGAUUAAGGAGAUGCGCCGUACUUUCGACCAGGAGGACGACGCGCUUGCUAAGGAGCACGGUAAGGAGAGUGCUGCCGCUGCUGCUAAUGCCGCGGCUGGUGGGGAGGACGACCUGCUUGGCCUCGAUGACGAGGAUGAGGAUCUCGAGCUUUUGAAUACGGCGGCGGCGGCGGCGUCGUCGGCGAAGGGUACGGGGAGCAAGAAGAGGAAGAGAACGCCGAAAUAGGCGGGUUGCGGAAUGGGCAUAGGCAUUGGAUGGGAUAUGACGCGGUGUCUCAUUAUGAAUGGCGACUAUGAUGAAUUUGCAUAUUUACAGGCAUAGCAACGGCGUUGGGGGUAGGGAAAUACCAGAUUGCAUUUUAGAGUCACGAUAGUCUGGGUCGGGUUCUUUUGCUCGAGACUAAUACAUGCAUGCUUUACCAAUUUACAUUAUUUUUAUCAAGUCAUUCCGUACGAAGUACUAUAAUGAUUGCUUACACUGG